AUGGAAGGCGACACACAAAGUCUUCCAUGUGAUGUCGUAUACACCAUACUCUCCAAACUACCCGUCAAAUCUCUGUUUCAAUUGAGAUGCGUUUGUAAAUCAUGGCGUGAUGUAAUCUCCCAACCCCAAUUCUCGAAAUCACAUCUCACUGAAUCAAUUAAGUUGGUCGACCGUCAAAGAAUCUUUGUCCGGGACACCAUGUCCGCCUGUUUCCGCUCCAUAGGUUGUGAGGACGGUUUAGACGAAGAACUAAAGUUUCCUAUUCAGAAGUAUCGGAGGGCUAAAGUGUUGUGUUCUUGUAAUGGUUUAGUACUGUUGCGGGCUCACAAGAGUGACAAUAUGUGUGUAAUUUGGAAUCCAUCCAUCAGAGAUUACAAAAGGUUCUCAUGUCCAUCUCAUAUAUCUCGCAACUAUAUGCCCCAUGGACUCUAUUACGAUUCUUCCAUGGAUGAUUACAAGGUCAUAUUUUUCUCUAAGGAGCCGAAAAAUAAUUUUAUUGUUUUAAGUUUCAAAGGUCAAUCUUGGACAGAGCCUAAGAAAUUCCCUUAUUUGGAUUUUCACGGUGAGAUGGUCCUUGCAAAUGGAGUGUUGCACUUGGUUGCUCUUAAGCCUAGGAAAGUUGCCAACGUGAGACCUCCCCCUCCACCAUACCUACUUUUCUAUAAUGAUAGCGAGGAUGGCAAUACACACCUAUAUAAGUAUGAUCCCACUCGAACAUAUCUGAUUGUUUGCUUUGAUACGGUGGAUGAGAAGUUCAAGGAGAUGCCACAACCAAAUUGUAUAAAUGAAGGAGACAAAUUUAGUUUGACGCUUAUGAGAGGAUGUCUAAGUUUAUAUUGUGAUACUAUUCGUCAGCAACGUGUGGUGGUGUGGCUUAUGAAGCAAUAUGGUGACAACAAUUCUUGGACUAAGUUCAUUGUCAUCCCAAAUCAGCUAGAAACGAGCUUUUUUUAUACCUUGACACCGUUGUGUGCUACGAAGAAAGGUGAAGUUGUGGUGAUGACUGAAAGAGGAAAUAUACUCAUCUAUAAUGAUAAAGAAAACAAGCAUCGGCCUUUUUGGGGAGAAAACAAGCAUCGGCCUUUUUGGGGAUCAAAUCUAAGUUAUCCAAAUUUAUAUGUGGAUACUUUAGUUUUGCCCAUUUGUACAACUCCAGUAAAAAGAAAGAGGAAAGAGGGAUUAUAA